GGUGCGGCGGCGCCGUCCGCGUCUCUCGCCUCGCCGGGGAGGGAACUUUCAAACUUAGUUAGCAGGCCCGACGGUGGGUGCGUCCGGCGGUCGGCGCGUUGGUCCGGGGCCGGAGCCGGGAGCGGCUUUUCGUCACUCGGAGCCCGGAUUGAACGGCGCGCGUGGGUCUCCCCGCGGCUCUGCCGCAGACGCACGGGCCCCGCGGCGCUGCGUGUUUGAUGGUGACAGUGCCUACGUGGGGAUGAGUGACGGGAACCCAGAGCUGCUAUCGACCAGCCAGACCUACAACAGCCAGAGCGAGAGCAACGAAGACUAUGAGAUCCCCCCGAUAACACCUCCCAACCUCCCUGAGCCAUCCCUCCUGCACCUGGGGGACCACGAAGCUGGCUACCACUCGCUGUGCCACAGCCUCACGCCCAACGGACUCCUCCCUGCCUACUCCUACCAGGCCAUGGACCUCCCAGCCAUCAUGGUGUCCAACAUGCUGGCCCAGGACAGCCACCUGCUGUCGGGCCAGCUGCCCACGAUCCAGGAGAUGGUCCACUCGGAGGUUGCUGCCUACGACUCGGGCCGGCCCGGGCCCCUCCUGGGCCGCCCGGCGAUGCUGGCCAGCCACAUGAGUGCCCUCAGCCAAUCCCAGCUCAUCUCUCAGAUGGGCAUCCGGAGUGGCAUCGCCCACAGCUCCCCGUCACCCCCAGGGAGCAAGUCAGCGACGCCGUCUCCCUCCAGUUCAACUCAGGAGGAGGAAUCAGAAGCGCAUUUCAAGAUGUCCGGAGAGAAGAGACCCUCGGCUGACCCAGGAAAAAAGACCAAGAACCCAAAGAAGAAGAAGAAGAAGGACCCCAACGAGCCUCAGAAGCCUGUGUCGGCCUAUGCGCUCUUCUUCAGAGACACUCAGGCCGCCAUCAAGGGACAGAACCCCAGUGCCACCUUUGGAGAUGUGUCCAAAAUCGUGGCCUCUAUGUGGGACAGCUUGGGAGAGGAGCAGAAGCAGGCCUACAAGAGGAAGACCGAGGCAGCAAAAAAGGAGUAUCUGAAGGCUCUGGCAGCCUACAGGGCCAGCCUCGUAUCCAAGAGCUCCCCAGACCAGAGCGAGACCAAGGGCACUCAGGCAAACCCGCCGGCCAAAAUGCUGCCACCCAAGCAGCCCCUUUAUGCCAUGCCGGGCCUGGCCUCCUUCCUGACGCCAUCGGACCUGCAGGCCUUCCGCAGCGGGGCCUCUCCCGCCAGCCUUGCCCGGACGCUGAGCUCCAAGUCACUGCUGCCUGGCCUCAGCGCGUCCCCGCCACCGCCCCCCUCCUUCCCUCUCAGCCCUCCACUGCACCAGCAGCUGCCGCUGCCGCCCCAUGCCCAGGGUGCCCUCCUCAGUCCGCCUGUUAGCAUGUCUCCAGCCCCCCAGGCUCCUGUCCUGCCCACCCCCAUGGCACUGCAGGUGCAGCUGGCUAUGAGCCCCUCACCUCCAGGACCACAGGACUUCCCUCACAUCUCCGAGUUCCCCAGUGGGUCCGGAUCCCGCUCACCCGGCCCGUCCAAUCCCCCAAGCAGCAGCGGAGACUGGGACAGCAGUUACCCCAGCGCGGAGUGUGGCGUCAGCACGUGCAGGUGGGUCCUCGCCCUGGCCUCCGCCGCAGCCCCGGGGCUGCCAGGGGACGGGAGGGGCAAGGCUCUGCGGGUCACUGUCAGCCCUGCGGGAGUGCCCCGGGGGUGCCCGCAGUCUUGCGAGAAGACACAGGACGAAGCAAGACCCCAGAAGGACUCCGCUGGUCUGACGCCAGGGCCUGGGAGACGGGGCCAGCUUCAGUCUUCCUUUUCCUCCUUCCGUCCUGGUUGUCUCACCGGUGCCACCAUGUGACACUCACCGAUGGCUCCUCUGUCCUCAGUCAGGUUCCCUGCAAGCAGAGCUGAUGCGGGUGCCUUCGAUGGUGCCGAGGGAGAGCUUGUGGGAGAAGGGAAGGGAGAGGGGCAGGACAGGGCCCCGGAGGGAGCUGAGAGAGCUCAGCCACAGACUCACUUCAGCCUGAUCCACCGUGAGCUCGGAGCUCGGCCACAGAUGGCCCAGCAAACUUGGUCCCGCUCUGAGGUUAGGGCUUUUUGUACCCAUGUCUGUCAGCCAUUGGCUCUGGGCUGCCCCAGGGGGUGUGGCCCCCAGGCAAGACAGGUCUCGUCCACCCCCCCCGGGCAGCUCUCUGGGGAGGGCAGGAGAGGGGGUCUGGGGGAGGCACGAGCAAGAAGGGCCAAGGGGCCAACACGGGGAGCCACAGACCUUACUGGUACCCCUACCGCCCGCUGCAGCCCAGCACCCCCUCUGACACCCCCCCCCCGACUUGGCUGGUCCCUGGUCCUCAUGUGAACCUCGUUCUCCGACCUCCCCUCCCAUCCUUCAUUCUCAGCCUCUUAGCCUGUCAAUGCCACGCUAACUUUCCUUCCUCUAGAAGGUCUUCCUGACCCAAGAGACAAUGACCCCUCAUUUCAGAAAGGGAAAUGGGGUACGGAUGGCACCUUAUUCCUCUACCCACCAGCCCUGACUGCCAUCCCCUGGCAAGAACUAACCCUGUGGCCACACCCUGGGUAUGUGGUCCCAGCAGCAGCCCCACACCCUGGAAAGUCUGGAUGGUCAUGUUUGGUGGACAGGAGGUGCUCUCUGUUGCCAGGCUCCAGCUGCGCCUAAGCCUGGCUGUCGGCCUCUCUGUUCCUCACCGGGCCAAGCCCGCCAGGGAGCGAGCAGACAGGGCUCGUGCCCCGCUGCUGAGGGCCAGUGCCCAGCCACAGACUCUGCCUGGGUGGGCAGACUGCGCUCAGCGGGAAUUCCUGUCCCCCUACCUGGGCAGGUGCAGACCCUCCCUCCACGGGCUCCCUUCCCAAGAGUCAGAGUGUGGGGCUGGGGGCUCUAUGAUGGACAUUAGGGAACGCGUCUGAGCUUCCCCCCAACACGGAGGGCAGCCCACAGCCGUGCCCUAUUUUACUUAUGUUUUAAGUGGAGGUAGAGCUGGCGUAUUAGUUUCAGGUGUACCACAGAGUGACUGAAUCAGACUUGGGCUUCCUGGGAGAUGAUCACCACAGAGAGUCUAGGUAACAUCUGUUGCCACUCAGAGUUACAGAUUCUUUUCUUGUCCGGAGAACCUUUCAGAUCUACUCUCUUAACUUCGAACUGGAAGUUUAUUUAUACCUUUGGAGCCUUCACCCAUUUUACCCAUCCCCCCCGUCUCUGGCACCCAGUAGUCUGUUCUCUGUGUCUAUCAGCUUGGUUUGGGGUUUGUUUAGACUCGACAUGUAAGUGAGAUCAUCUGAUACUGGUCUUUCUCAUCUUUCUCGGACUUAUGUCACUUGGCACAAGGCCCUCAAGGUCUCCCGCUCUCACAGAUGGGCAUCCUAUUUGUAAAAAAAUUUUUUUAAUGUUUAUUGAUUUUUAAGAGACAGAGUGUGAGCAGGGGAGGGGCAGAGAGGGAGGGAGAGAUAGAAUCCGAAGCAGGCUCCAGGCUCCGA